CGUGGAAUAAGACCACUGCUUUGAUCACCGUUCACCGUCACCAAGCACAUAGCUAAGGGUAUUAUUAGCUGACCUGACUUCCAUUGAAAACGGCUGGCGCUGCAUCAGACGCUCAUUAACAGGAUCAAGGGAUUAGGAUAAUGCAUGUAGGACACAAGCAUGUUUGUUCUCUCGAUUACUGUACACCUGCCUUAAAUACACACAGGAUGGCUUUCAACUGUGCCAUGCUGUCUCACGUGGAAUUACAAAAGAAAAUGCUACCGUCCGCCUGAGCGGUCUUUUGGACACCGCUCACUUCACCUGUCCUGGAUCAGACCAGCAGACAAUGCUCUUCAGACGGGUGUGUGUGUGGGCUAUGUGCGCAAAAUGAGGCCGUCGUGAAAGCUCGGAUCUUGGCCGUGCAGCGCUCUCAAUACGAGUGUGCUGAUGGAGGACAUGAGCACGUUCCCUCCUAAUGCAUCGCUCUACAAUUUGUCAGCCGAGGCGGAGACUGCCAUUGGUGUUUACUUAUUGAUACUAGGGUGGCUGGCCGGGCUAGGCAAUGGAGCGGUGAUUAUACUGUUGGUCAAGCAGAGAAACAUCCUGGAGUCACAUGACUACCUCACUCUCAACCUGUCUGUGUCGGAUGCCUGCAUCGCUAUCUUCGGCUACUCCCGAGGGAUUUUUGAAGCCUUCAACUUGUUCAGGGAUGACGGCCUGCUGAUCAAGACGAUAUGGACCUGCCAGGUGGAUGGCUUCCUGAUCAUGCUCUUUGGACUCAUCAGCAUCAACACACUGACCGCAAUCAGUAUCAUCUGCUACAUCAAAGGAUGCCAGCCCAGCUAUGCUCAUCAAGUCAACAACCAUAAUGUUACCGUCGUGAUUGUGGGAGUGUGGCUAUGUGCGUUCUUCUGGUCUGGAGCGCCCCUCGUGGGCUGGGGGAGUUACACAAGAGCUCACAAGUAUGGGAUGUGUGAGAUCGACUGGGUCCAGGCCAGGUUCUCCAUGUCCUACAAACUCUACGUCGUCCUCAUAUUCACAUUCAACUUCUUCAUCCCGCUUGUGCUCAUGUGGUUUUCCUAUGUGUCCAUAAUCCGAGCACUUAACAACAGCCAUAAGUCCAACAGAAGUGGCGCCGUCAGUGAGAGGCAGAAACAGAUGGAGAGCAGAAUAACAAUGAUGUCUUUGGUCCGGUGUUUAGCCUUCCUGUUGGCUUGGUGUCCCUAUGCCGUCAUCUCCAUGUGGUCUGCCUGGGGUCACCAGGUGGCUCCUCUCCACAGCAUCCUGGCCAGUCUUUUCGCCAGUUCGGCCUGCUUCUAUAACCCGUUCAUCUACCUUGGCAUGAGCUCCAAGUUCAGACAAGACUUCAGGGCCCUGUUCCGCUGCCUGUGCCCGGCCCCAGAACACUCUCACAGUCCUGACGCGGUCCAACUGGACCUGGAUAUUAUGGAGGUGAACGCAGGGGUGGACGAAAUGGACAUGGGGGUUGAGCUGGGUGGUGACCACGGUGUGGAGGAAAGGAAGGAGAACCAGAGGAGUUCUCUUAUGCCCCCUGUGAUAGCGCCCAAUACCAGUCAUCGCCUGUUGCUAAGGAAGCUCAGUGACUCUGGACGCCUGUGAGUUUUCUUUCUGUGGCUGUCUCUCUCUUUCUCUCACUCUCUCCCUUUUAUACACUACCAGAACUAUCCACUGAGCUAUAGUGGAGCUCAUCUUUCAGUGUUACCGGUUCCCCUCACAACUCCGUGGGUCCAUACGCGUACUGUUUUUAUUCAGUGUAUUUUUACUCAAAUCAAGACCAGACAUUGGUUUUGGCCUCACCAGAUUUGUCUAGAAUCAGCAAUAUUGAAUUGCAGGAUUUGUGGCGACGCUAUCAAUUUAGCGUCAGAAUUAAAUCAUAUAUGUUUUUGUAA